GCGGCCGGCUCGUUUCCGGUGGAGCCUUCGCGGAGCCGCUAUCGCUGAGUGGAGCGAGGCUACGAGCGAAGCUCCGAGGGCGCUCGCUUCCCACUCCCUGCCCCCAGGCAGCCGCCUUACGCCGACCGUCCCGCGCCCGCCGUCGUCCGUCCGCAGAGAACCAUGGCGUCUGGCAGUCCCGCCGCCAGCGAGGAGGAGCGCAGUCUCCGGGAGUGUGAGCUGUACGUCCAGAAGCACAACAUCCAGGCACUGCUCAAGGACUCCAUUGUGCAGCUGUGUACUGCGCGGCCUGAGAGGCCCAUGGCCUUCCUCAGGGAGUACUUUGAGAGGCUGGAGAAGGAGGAGGCAAAACAGAUUCAGAACCUGCAGAAAGGAGGCAUUCGGACAGACUCCAGGGAGGAUGAGAUCUCUCCUCCUCCCCCCAACCCAGUGGUGAAGGGUCGGAGGCGCCGUGGUGCUAUCAGCGCUGAGGUUUACACCGAAGAAGAUGCUGCGUCCUAUGUUAGGAAGGUUAUACCAAAAGAUUAUAAGACAAUGGCUGCUUUAGCUAAAGCCAUCGAAAAGAAUGUGUUGUUUUCACAUCUUGAUGAUAAUGAGAGAAGUGAUAUUUUUGAUGCCAUGUUUCCAGUCUCCUUUAUUGCUGGCGAGACUGUCAUUCAACAAGGUGAUGAAGGGGAUAACUUCUAUGUGAUUGAUCAAGGAGAAAUGGAUGUGUAUGUGAACAAUGAGUGGGCAACCAGUGUUGGGGAAGGAGGAAGCUUUGGAGAGCUUGCUUUGAUUUAUGGAACGCCCAGAGCAGCGACCGUCAAAGCAAAAACCAACGUGAAACUGUGGGGCAUCGACCGAGACAGCUACAGAAGAAUCCUGAUGGGAAGCACACUGAGAAAGAGAAAGAUGUAUGAAGAAUUCCUUAGUAAAGUGUCUAUUCUAGAGUCUCUGGACAAGUGGGAACGUCUCACAGUAGCUGAUGCAUUGGAACCAGUUCAGUUUGAAGAUGGGCAGAAGAUUGUGGUGCAGGGAGAACCCGGGGAUGAGUUCUUCAUUAUUUUAGAGGGAACGGCUGCCGUGCUCCAACGCCGCUCAGAAAAUGAAGAAUUUGUUGAAGUGGGGAGAUUGGGGCCUUCUGAUUAUUUUGGUGAAAUUGCGCUGUUGAUGAACCGCCCUCGUGCUGCCACGGUGGUCGCACGCGGCCCUUUGAAGUGUGUUAAGCUGGACCGACCUCGGUUUGAGCGUGUCCUUGGCCCAUGCUCAGAUAUCCUCAAACGAAACAUCCAGCAGUACAACAGUUUUGUGUCACUGUCUGUCUGAAAUCUGCCUCCUGUGCCUCCUGUCCUCUCCUGUCCCCAGUUGAGCUUCACUCCUGCAGAUGCUGUUCCCUGUGUGCGGCACCAAGUGCCACUGGCUUCUCAGCUUCCCGUCUCUUUAUAUGACAGUUGCUUUUAUUGCACCAUUUUUCAUUUGGAGCAUUAACCGAAUGCUCCUUCACAAAUAAAUAACUGUGUGGAUCUUGCUGUUACCGCUUCUCUCUGUGCAGUGCUAGUGUUCAGCCUGGGCAGUGAGUGCUGUGCUUUCUGGUGAGGUGGACCCCAGCUCCAAGGCUUGCCACAGAGUAAUGAUGUAACAGUACAAGAGUUUCGUAAGUGGCAUACUUUUCCCCAUAGAGCAUACUUAGACUGUGGCCAUAUCUGUUGUGUUUGUUUGUAGAAUAAAUAAUUUCUCUAACCUCUAAGGGUUAGAAGAAUGGAUAUAGAAAAAUCUUAUAAUUUGUAAUUAAAACUACUUGAGGGUGGAAAAAUCUCCCAUUUUGAUAAUUAUCAGACAGAUAUGACUAUUUUUUUUUAUUUGCUAAGCUAAUUUGCCUGUUUUUUUCUUCUUUUUUCUUUUGUAUCUUGUUGUUAUUUCAUCUCCCUACUCUGAACUAUUUUUAUUUUGGAUAUCUAUACCUGCCUUUUAAGAGUGAAACCAAAUCAUAGAUGGCAAAUACUGGAUUGUGACUUAACUCAUGUCUGCCUGUGCUCACAGACUCUGAAUAGACCUUUGUUUAUCCAGCUGGUGCCAAAUACUGACCAUCAGGUGCAGAUCUGAAGAUGAGCGUUUGAGGUCUGCACUCAAGGGUGUUAAGUGAGAGCUUUUGGUUCAUGUGUGUCCUCCAUUGGAGUCCGGGCGCUCAGUAGACUGACCGCCGGCGGAGGUGUGCUGACGUAGCUAGCUGUCGAUGGGGCACACAACUUAGAGAACCGUGGAGGCACCAGGUGCCAGUGGAGUGUUAAGGACCCCGCUGAGUGCAUUGGGAAGCAGCUUGUGCUUUGAGAGGUCCCCUUCUGAGGGCCUGGGCUCACUGGGUCUGCUGUGGCCCAGAAGGUCAUCCUGUUGAAAAUCCUGCUUUCCACUCUGACCCUUUUCUCUGGCAAAGUUUCUUCUUUUCUUAUUUUUAAGUAAACUUGUAUUUUGAGUCCUAACUGUAUUUCAGUGUUUCCCAGCCUUAUGUGUUACAUUAUUCCAAUGAUAUGUCUAACAGUUUAUUUUUCUUGUUUUUUUUUUAAACAAAAUUUCACAGUUCCAUAAUAUAGGCACUUUUACUUGUGGUUUAUAUACAAUAUAGGGUUCUGUUUGGGAGUGACUGCAAGCAUUUUCCAUCAGUGUGCAAGUGGUUCAUAUUGAAAAAUUAUAAAUAAAAUUGUUACUAGCUUAAAGCUUGAUUUAAUAUUUGUUUAAAUGCCAAAAAUGUACUUGAAUGCCUCCUGUUGGACGCCGUGGACUUGGUGUCGUGUCUGUACACUCGUGUCCGUGGGUGCUCACUUACACAUGCUGCCCCUCGCUCGGUGGUCCUCGAGAUGCUGGCCUGCUUGCCACUCUGUUGUAGGUUUUCAUCUUGGACUUUCAAGUCAAGUCUGAAUUUAGAAAUGACCACAUCUAAUGCUUUAUCUUCGUGCAGUCUGAGUUCAUGUGAGAAGUCAUGACUGGCAUAAUGUGUCUCCAAUGUUCAGGGCUUUAGGUGUCACUCACUGUCUUUGGAUUUGAUGAAUGACUUACAAGACCUGCUCGAGAAAGCGUAGAUGGCCCAAAGACCAUUUAUUGUUUCCUGGUUACUAGUUCGAUUAUCCUGUGUGUGCUAAGUACGCUGUUCUUUUGUUAUAGAUUGUCUUAAUGGUAGGUCAUGUAAUAAAAAAGAUUAAGUCAUUUAAAUUCUUAAGUGAAAUAGUUUUUCUUCCCUUUUCUGUCUCUCCCUGAAGUUUAGUAGGGCAAAAUGACAGUGAAUUAUGGGAUGAAGGUUUUGAAAAAGAAAUACUUUUUUUUUGUAAAGAAACAUGUUUAUUUGUUAUGUAUGUGUUCCCAUUCGCUUUGUCAAAGAAUGGAUACAAAUUUACCACCCAAGUCAUGGAAAGGAGAUCCAGCCAGAAGCCACAGAUUUGCUUUUCAUUGAAGUCAGAUUGGUUUUGUGGCCUUGGAGCUUUUCACAGACUUACUGGAGACAUCAUUUCUCAUUAAACAUGUGUGGUUUAAACUUAA